GCGCUAAUUCGAAUCUCUUGAGACGCAUUAAACUAAAUUUAAUUGCUUAAAAUGAAUUCAUACAUUGUGUACCUUACAAAUGGUUUUAUUAAUUUAAUGGAAGUUUAGUAAAAUACUGUUAGAUAAGAAGCUUUAUUUAGCUAACUGUAUUCACAUUUCGAUUUUAAUAUUUUUUGAAAUGGCCGACGUUGUGAAAUACGGAAUUCAAAUUGCCAAUCGAGUUUUUGUUGGAGGAGUUGCCUUUGAUACAAAGGAAGAGGAACUAAAAGAUUUUUUUUCGCAGUAUGGUAAAGUAAAAGAAUGCAAAAUUAUUAAAGACAAUCAAAGCAUUAGUCGUGGUUUUGCAUUUGUCACAUUCGAAUGUAAACAAGAUGCAGUAAAAACUCAACAGCUGGGAACAGUGUUUUUCAAUCAAAAGAAAUUGAACUUGGGUCCAGCAAUCCGACAAAAGGGGGUUGUGUUUAAUGGAACAAAAGAAGUAGAGAAUGAGCCUGUUUUGUCAACUGGUGUUUACAUUCAUCCAAGUGGUUAUUCAUAUACAGUAGCUCCAAAUGGUGUAUGGUAUUUUCACAAUUCUGAUGGUAAACCACCAACACGUGUGCCUGGUUCACCUCCAAUGGCAUAUGCACCUAAUAUUCUGCAGCGUAGAAGAAGUUCCAAUAGUCAAACUGAACAAACAAUCUUGCUGAGGCAGCGGCAAACACCAGGUGAAUGUUGCUCAUCUCCUACUUGCGAGUCUUUGUCUCCUACAUCGGUUAACUCUUCUCCAGAUGUAAGCUUGCCUAUUUUUCAUGGUGCUCCAUCAGCAGAAGUUCAACCUAUUCUGCAUAAUCGUCAAGUCAUUCAGCCAACUAUUUUUCCUCCUCAACAUGAGUAUGUCCAACAAACACCAUUUGUAAAUCCUGGCCUUCAAUUUGCAUUUCAAAGUAUGUCUAUCUCAUCUCCACCAUCUUGUGCUCAAGGGUUAACUGGGAAUGAGACAGUUCAUCAAAUACACCCUCCUCCCCUGACUUCUUUUCAUGGAUUUAAUGGAACUUCGUCAACUCACAUUAGCGAAAUGUAUUUACCAUAUUACCAGAAUAAGAUAUUGCCUGGAAACAUUUCAGUAAAUAACGUUAACAAUCCACAGCAGAUUCAUCCAUUACACUAUCACUAUAAUUUUCCAGUUCAGAAAACUGAAUGCUACAUGGUGCCUCCUAUAUGUAUAAACCCCAUCAAAGAUACAUUCUUAUAUCCUUUGUGUGCUGAUCAAUCUUUGCCCUUUUUUUUUGCUCCUAAUGAAGUGAAUUCUUUUAACAAUGGUGGUUGCUAUAAGCGAAAGUACAAUAAAGAGUCUUUUGACAAUGGAAACAAUUUAAAUCGUAUAUCAGUUUAAUAAAUUUAUUUUAAAGAUAUUUUUCAGACCAUUUUUGAGUGAUUGGAAAGAUUUAAAAUAUAUGUUUCGUAUUAUAAUUUAUAAUAAAUUGCUUAAACAAGUUAUUUAUCAUCUUCACUAUCUUUUAAAUAUGAUUUUAAAAUAAAAAAUUAAUUUACUAUAAUUUUCAUCUUGUCUUUUGGUGACAUUAACUCACUGUUAGAAUUUUUUAAAUAAAAUAUUUUAGUAACGUUUGUUAAUUGCUAAGUUAUAAAAACAGCUGCCAUAGCUAUAGCAGUAUUUAUUAAGCUUUCUUUUUUUACUUAGAAAAAAAGAUAAAAUCGUUAUUUAAUAACUUAUUUUAGUUUUUUUUUUUUUCUUGUUAUUUAUUUUUAGUGAUAGUUAUUUUUAUUUAAAGUGUUUAUUUUUAUUUUUCAUUUUUAAAUCAAAACAGAUAUAGUUAAACUUAAGUUACAUAUUUACAAGAUUUGUUACCUGAGAAUAUAAAUAUAAAUACAAUUGUACUGUAAUUUGAAAAUUCACAAUACAUAUUUUGUAUUGUAUGAUAAUAAAUUUUUCAUAACAAUAAUUAUAUUCUCAUGUGGACAUUUUUUUUUUUUUUUAUAGUGAAUAUAGUUAUUAACUUUUUUAUCGAGUAAAAAGCCUUUCAUUUAAUUUGCUAUAGUUUCAUUUUCUAAUCAAAUUUAAUAUUUAAUUUAGACUUUAACUAUAAAAAAUAUAUAUUGCUGUUUUUUUCUGUUGGACAAAAAAAGUUAUAUAUUGAAAUUAUUUUUUAUAUAUUUAAAAAUAUUUUGCAAUAUUAAAUUAUAAAUGUAACAAAAAAAAAAGAAAUGCUUUUUAGAGAAUAAUUGAGCAAGUGGUUUAUUUUUUGAAAACGAGUAAUGCUACAUUUUUGAAUUUUAUUGUAAUUGUCUUAAAAAAUUAUACCUAAACCUAAAUAAAGAUAAUUAAAUUC